AUGUCGCCAACUGCCUCGUUGGCUAAAACACCUUGCUUGAACUGCCGAGGUGAUAAGCGAAGGCCAGUUUGCGGACGAUGUGAGACGAAAAGGCUUGAUUGCAAUCCUGUGCAAAAGAAAGCGUUCUUUCGUCAUGGUUCGACGGCCAACCUUGAUGCUAGCUUUUCAAGUAGCCAGGUAUGGGUCAACAGCAAGCCAAAGAACUGGAGGCCGCCUCAUCAUUCAUCGAAGCCAAAUGCAUCUCCGUCUAUACCAGGCUCGCCACUUUGGUCGACCGGAGACACCCCAGGUCGUACGCCCACUGACGUUGAACCUGUUUUCGAGAUCCAAGCAUCAAUGGAUUCUCUAACACCUCUCAGGUCAGAACCAAGGGAGCUAGAUGAUACCGAUGUGUGCAAUACAGUCGAUGAACGUUAUAGUGACUCCACCCAUCGGGCACAAGGAGAAUCGCCCGGAACCUCCCAAGCGCUCAACUUGUCCUCCCCAGCAUCUCUACCACUGAGCUUUAAUGGUGUUCGGUUUAAUUCUAUCACCGAGGGCUCGGCAGGCUAUAAGACAAAAGAUAUAUCUAAUCUUGAACAAAUAAUUAAUUCUGAGAAUCAAGCUUUGAGAAGGGUGGACACAACCGAAAUCUAUAACAUCACCACCCCAUCUUCCAGCCAUGACUUUACUGUCCCUGCAAUUGACCGCAUUCAAGAAUCCUGCUUACUCCGGUAUUUUAUUGAAGAGUUAUCAUUAUGGUUUGACCAUUGUGAUGAGCAAAGACAUUUUCAACUAGUGGUCCCUCGUCGGGCAAAGCACUGUCCGACACUGCGAAAUGCCAUUUUUGCAGUAUCAUCCCGUCGCCUUUGUCGUCUUCCACAGUAUAGAACACCUCAUGGUAUUCUUUAUCGUGAACAAUUACUUCCUAACUUAAAGAAAUCUAGUGCACUUGAGUAUAUGCUCAAAUGUAUUCCGGACCUAACUGAAUUUCCAAAGAUCCAGGAUCCUGUACACCAAGAAAAUAUCAUGGCAGCCACUGUUAUCCUACGGCAGUAUGAAGAAAUGGAAGAAGACGUAGACGAGGGCGACAUUGACACUGAGAUCCAUUCCUAUAAACGCGUCAACUUCUUGGCCAUCACGCAGACAAUCAUCGAUUCUAUGAGCACAUCUCCACUUGAUUGUUCUCUUGCCAAUGCGUGUUAUUGGAUCACUGUCCGACAAGAAACAUACUAUGCCUUGAUAAGAGAGACUGUCCCACAUUUGCGCUUUGACUCUGAUCGCUGGCGAAAUGCUUCAAUAGCAGACAAUAUGAUUAUGUUUGCUGGCCAGGUUGCUACAUGGCGCUGGACCCAGAAGUCACCAGAAAAAUGGAGGCAGCUCAAAGUCCAAGAACAGCAGCUGCUCCAUGAUUCUUUGGGCGAGUUGGAGCCUAUCCUAGAACUCAAAGCAGAGAGAGCGAAGGGGGAGAUUUUUCCGACCGUUUGGUACGGCUUCGACGUUCAGGUGACAGCUAUUCAGCACUUCCGACUAGCCCAAUUGAUAUUAACAGCGGAAAACCCACAACUUGAGAGUGCAAAUCGAGCUACGCAUCGAAGAGCAGAGGCACAGGUUCGGUCCAUUGUUUUAGAUAUAUGCGGAAUUGCCCUGUGCCAUCUACGAAUACAGCCUGCCUUGGUCAAUGCGGUUAUUGCGAUUACAUUAUACGGCGAAUAUUUUACGAAUCAAGAAGAGCGCGACGCACUGGUUAGUAUCAUCGGCAUGACCAGCGAUAUACGUGCCUGGCCCAUGAGGAAACCGUACGAAAUUUUGAAGCAGCGAUGGGAAAUGGUGGAUAGCGCUGAAAUCUGAAAUAUUUUCAACGAGGGCUGCCUAGAUUUUUCUACAUCACAUCAUGCCGAGUGCAGAUAUUACUGGGCUUUGGCUUGUUAUCGGAAUAUUCUUAAUUCAGAUGUUGUGAGUGGCUUUAGCGGCCAGCCUCCAACGAAAGCAGCACGGAGAAAUUAUGCAUAGUGCCCGGUUAAGAACUUUCUUAGAGAUAACAUCUAUGUUUUACAUGCUACUCGCGUCUAGCGAGCUUGUGAACAAUCCAAUCUCUAUGGGCUGGCAAGCAGAUGAUAUCCAGGCCGUUGCAUAGGCCUAGAAGCGGCCGGAAUCUCGUCUCGUGGGCUCUCAAACAGUAUGGUGGUGUGUACUAACUGAACUAAUGCAAGAUGUCUACC